AUGAUCUCACAAUUUAAGAACUCUGUAUCAAAUACUAAUAAACUUUCUAGUCCCAUCCCUCCCGAGUUGGGAAAGUUGACAUCACUCCAGGUCCUAGAAUUGAGCACGAAUGAUCUCACAGGUCAAAUUCCUACUUCAUUGAGUGGAUUAACUAGUUUAAGAACUCUGUAUAUCCAUACUAAUCAACUUUCUAGUCCCAUCCCUCCCGAGUUGGGAAAGUUGACAUCACUCCAUGACCUAGAAUUGAGCGCGAAUGAUCUCACAGGUCAAAUUCCUACUUCGUUGAGUGGAUUAACUAGUUUAAGAACUCUGUAUCUCGAUACUAAUCAACUUUCUGGUCCCAUCCCUCCCGAGUUGGGAAAGUUGACAUCACUCCAGGACCUAAUAUUGAGCACGAAUGAUCUCACACGUCAAAUUCCUACUUCGUUGAGUGGAUUAACUAGUUUAAGAACUCUGUAUCUCUAUGAAAAUCAACUUUCUGGUCCCAUCCCUCUCGAGUUGGGAAAGUUGACAUCACUCCGGGACCUAAUAUUGAGCACGAAUGAUCUCACAGGUCAAAUUCCUACUUCGUUGAGUGGAUUAACUAGUUUAAGAACUCUGUAUCUCUAUGAGAAUCAACUUUCUGGUCCCAUCCCUCCCAAGUUGGGAAAGUUGACAUCACUUCAGGACCUAGAAUUGAGCAUGAAUAAUCUCACAGGUCAAAUUCCUACUUCGUUGAGUGGAUUAACUAGUUUAAGAAUUCUGUAUCUCUUUGAGAAUCAACUUUUUGGUCCCAUCCCUGCCAAGUUGAGAAAGUUGGCAUCACUCCAGGAGCUAGGAUUGGGCACUAAUGAUCUCACAGGUCAAAUUCCUACUUCGUUGAAUGGAUUAACUAGUUUAAGAACUCUGUAUCUCAAUACUAAUCAACUUUCUGGUCCCAUCCUUCCCGAGUUGGGAAAGUUGACAUCACUCCAGGAGCUAAGAUUGGGCACUAAUGAUCUCAUAGGUCAAAUUCCUACUUCGUUGAGUGGAUUAACUAGUUUAAGAAUUCUGUAUCUCUAUGAGAAUCAACCUUCUGGUCCCAUCCCUCCCGAGUUGGGAAAGCUGACAUCACUUCAGGACCUAGAAUUGAGCAUGAAUAAUCUCACAGGUCAAAUUCCUACUUCGUUGAGUGGAUUAACUAGUUUAAGAAUUCUGUAUCUCUUUGAGAAUCAACUUUCUGGUCCCAUCCCUCUCGAGUUGGGAAAGUUGACAUCACUCCAGGAGCUAGGAUUGGGCACUAAUUAUCUCACAGGUAAAAUCUCGGUUCCAUUUGAGAACCUCGGCCAUUUAAAAAUUUUUGGUCUAUCUCAAAACCAACUAUCUGGUUCUAUUCCAAGUGAACUAGGGAAAUUGAAGAAAUUGGUCAACGUGACUAUGUUCUCUAAUCGUUUUUCAGGUGAUUUGCCAGAAUUUUGUGGUGGAAGAGUAUUGGAAAUAUUUUCAGUGAGCUCCAAUAGACUUUCAGGACCAAUCCCUAAAAGAUUGAGAAAAUGCUCCAGUUUAGUUAGACUUCGGAUUGAUCACAACCAGCUUUUCGGAAAUAUUUCCGAAGAAUUUGGUGUAUAUCCAAAUUUGACCUUCAUGGACCUAAGUAGCAAUAAUUUCUAUGGUGAACUCUCCAGCAUCUGGGGUAGUAACAAGCAGCUGCAAACUCUGAAAAUUGCAAAGAAUAACCUUACUGGGAGCAUUCCUCCAGAAUUUGGAAGUUUAAGUCAACUGCAUGCACUUGAUCUUUCUUCAAACAAGUUACGUGGGGAGAUCUCAAAGGAAAUUGGAAAGUUAACUUUACUUCUAAAUCUAUAUUUAGAGGAUAACCAACUUUCCAGAGGUAUACCUGAAGAAUUGGGAUCUCUUUCACAUCUAGAAAACCUAGACCUUUCUAGAAACGGACUGACAGGUCAGAUACAUGGAAAUUUAGCGAACUCUGAGCAGUUGCAUUACUUGAAUUUGAGCUUCAACUAUUUAAGCCAGAGAAUCCCUCAUCAGCUCGGUAAGUUAAUCCAUCUAUCUGAGUUGGAUAUGAGUAAUAAUCCACUCACCGGAGAAAUACCAUCUGAACUACGAUUUUUGACAAGCCUGGAACUGUUAAACCUCUCCCACAAUCACCUCUUAGGACUCAUUCCUAAGAGUUUUGAAGAAAUGCCAGGCUCAAUGGACAUUGAUAUAUCUUAUAAUCAGUUGGAGGGUCCAGUUCCUAGUGACAGAGCCUUUCAAAAUGUCUCUAUAGAACAACUACAAGGGAAGAAAGGAUUGUGUGGCAAUAUUGUAGGAUUACAACCAUGUGAAAGCCUAUCUGGAGUUAAAAACAAGAUGUGGAGUGAGCACAAGCUCAUUUUGACAAUUGUUAUCCCUCUUCUUUGUCCUUUACUUCUAUUUACAUUCAUCGGGAUCCUCAUCAUGUGUAAAUGCAGAAAGAUGAAUCCAAUGAAAGGAGAUGAUGAUUUGCUCACCAUACUUGAUGGAAAACUCACGUAUAAAGACAUCUUAGAGGCCACAACUUUCAUUAGAAAAAAUAAUAGAAGGGAAAAGACUUCAUUCCUCAUUUGAAAUGCUUACAGUAGCAGUCAAAAGACUUCAUUUAUCAUCUGAAACGGCAAACUUUGAAGCUUUCAUGAGUGAAAUAAGAGCAUUGACAGAAAUCAGGCAUCGAAACAUUGUGAAACUUUAUGGCUUCUGUUCAAAUGAUCAAAACUCACUUUUGGUCUAUGAAUACCUUGAUAGAGGUAGUUUGGCAAAAACCUUAAGCAUCGAUGAAGAAGCCAAGAAAUUGGAUUGGCCUAAAAGGGUUAAUAUCUUGAAGGGCGUGGCUUAUGCUUUGUCUUACAUGCAUCAUAGUUGUUCUCCUCCAAUUGUUCAUCAAGACAUAUCCAGCAACAACAUUUUGCUUGAUUCACAGUACGAGGCUCAUGUUUCAGAUUUUGGUACUGCUAAGUUUCUGAAAUGCGAUUCAUCGAAUUUCAGCUCUCUUGCGGGCACAUAUGGUUAUUUCGCUCCAGAACUUGCAUACACAAUGAAGGUUACUGAAAAGUGUGAUGUGUAUAGCUUUGGAGUGUUAGCAUUGGAAGUGAUCAAAGGACAGCAUCCUGGUGAAUACAUUCAAUACGUAACAACUCUAUCAAAUGGAGAUUUACGAAUGUAAGAUCUGUUGGAUCCAAGCAUUCUUUAUCCCACUCGAGAAGAAGAGGUGAUUUUGAUGUCCAUUGUUAAACUUGCAAUUGAAUGCCUGCACUCCAAUCCACAACAUCGGCCAACUAUGCACAAUGUUUCUGAUAUGCUAGUGCACCGACCACCUUCAAAUGAGUGAUGUCUGGGUAAAAGAAAUGAAUUGUUUUUAUGUAUUUUGUACAUUUCAUAUAGUAUUGCUAGUAAGGUUUUUCUAGGCAAAGUAGUUUUUUUCUUGUUUUAACUUAGGUUUCCUAUGCAUUGUUGUUUCGCAAGAUUGGCUUGCCAGGUCAUAUGAAUUUGUUAAAUUUAUUCUUGAAACCCAAGUAUA